CUCCUAAAGGCUAUAUGAAUCAACUCGAGAAGUUUCACCAAGUGUUCAGCUUCAAAACGAUGGGAUUUAAAAGUUUAAAUGACCUUAAGACAAGCCAGGAAACAUUAUUCCGUAGUAUUGUCCGUUCAGAUGGCUUCACUAUCGAUUUUCUUUUCACUGGUUAUAGGCCCUACUUUAUUGAUCAUGGGAGAAAGGACGUCUUCAAAGCAGCGAUCGGGCUGAACGUUGAAAAGCACCAAUUGCGAAGAUGUUCUACCACAGA